UUAAAGGUCAGUCCCUGACAGCAUCUCUGAGGGGAAGUCUGCUCCCCGAGCAUGGCUGAGUUUGGCGAGAUCCUGGUAAACAUCGGAGAGUUUGGACUUUUCCAGAAGACCGUCCUGUUUUCUCUUUGCUUCCCAAAUCUGUUUCUGCCUUUCCAAUUUGCAAGCGUGUUUUUCAUCGAGUCAGAUCCGGAGCGACACUGUAACACAGACUGGAUCCUCCAGGCGGCUCCAAACCUGACCAGGGACGAGCAGCUGAACCUGACUCUGCCCCGGGAGCAGGACGGGAGCUUCAGCCGGUGCUGGAUGUUUGUCCCCGUGGACUGGGACAUCAGCAGCAUCAGGGAGUACGGACUCAACCACACCACCGGGUGUCUGAAUGGAUGGGUGUAUGGAGACACGCUGUACCAGGCCACCAUAGUCACCGAUUUUGAUUUAGUUUGUGACCAGAAUUAUUGGGUGGAAGUGGCCCAAGCGGUGCUGAUGGCUGGCAUCCUGGUGGGGUCGCUACUAUUUGGACCUUUUGCAGAGUCGUUUGGCCGCAAGCGCGCCACUCAGGUGCCCGCGCUCGUCAUGGCCAUCUUCACCGCCACGACCGGCUUAUCUCCUGCCUUCUCCCUCUACUUGGCCUCCCAGUUCCUCCUAGGAGUGGGCUAUGGAGGCUAUCGACUCAAUGGCGUCAUACUUGCCACCGAGUGGAUCGGAGUGUCCAGGCGGUCCUGGGGGUCAUGCGUGGCUCAGAUGUUUGGUUCAGUGGGACAGACCAUCCUCGCCGGCACGAUCUACUUCAUCAGAGACUGGAGACUAGCCCAGCUGGUCACCGCCGCUCCAGCGGCGUUGGUCGCUGUUUACAUCUGGUUUAUUCCAGAGUCGGCCAGGUGGCUGUUGGACAGAGGACGGACGGAAGAGGCCAAAGAUCUCAUCACCAAAGUGGCGACCAUCAACAAACGCACCGUCUCAGACUCUCUGCUGGAAAAUGUUGUUGUGAAAAAAACUGAGAAAAGGGGAGGCAUACUAGCUCUUAUCCAAUCACCUGUACUUAGGAAGUAUUUCCUUACAAUUAUAUUUGCAUGGUUCUCGCUGAACGUCACCUACUACUGCAUGUCCUUCAACGUGAGGAACUUCGGCCUCGACAUCUUCCUGACGCAGGCCGUGUUCGGCCUGACCGAACUCCCGUCUCACUUCCUGUGCAUCUGGCUGCUGGAAGCUGUGGGGAGGAAAGUGUCGCUGACAUCAACACUUGUAGCCGGAGGAUUCCUGUGCCUCUUGAUCUUGGCUGUUCCUCAAGGUAAUGCUGUUGCUGUCACCAUAUUGGCAACGGCAGGUCGGUUUUUCAUUAUCUGGGCUGGAUCGAUCUGCAGCGUGUAUGUUCAGGAGCUGUUUCCAACAUCUAUCCGCCUGGCUCUUCUGCUGUGCUGUCUCCUUCCAGACAAACGGCCUCUGGUCUGGGCACCAUCGCGAGCCGAGUUGGGGGUCUGCUUUCCCCGCUGGUCAACAUGUUGGCUGCGUACCACUGGACCAUACCUAUCAUCGUCUUCAGCAGCCUCCCACUGGCCAGUGGGGCACUUGGCCUCCUGCUUCCUGAAACCAGAAGAAAAGAGCUCCCAGAUUCAACGGAUGAGGCCGAGGGGAAACGAAUGAGACAACCACGACGCGGCGGCUGGAGCUGAACAGACCUCCACUCAACCAGUCCACCAAACUGUAGUCGGUCAGCUGACUGGGGGGCUGCAUCGUGACUAGGGUUGUCCCGAUCAGGAUUCUUUAGCUCCCGAUCCGAUCCCGAUCACUUGAGUUUGAGUAUCUGCCGAUCCCGAUCUUUCCCGAUCCGAUCACUUUUUUUGGCUCCCGAUACAAUUCCGAUACUUUUUCCAGAUCACAUACAUUUUGGCAAUGAAUUAAGUAAAAAAAAAAAAGAGGACUAAAACUCAAAUUGUCCCAAGUUUCUUUUAUUCUCUCCAACAUCAACAUAUAUUUCUUUUCACUGACUGCAUCAUUGGAUCAAAACAAAGCUUAUCAGCUCUGGUGUUUAAUUAAAUUAAUUAAAGCUGCAAGCAGCAAUGAACGGGCCCUCGCACCCUUGUGCAUGUUCAGGCGUGCUGCAGUGGAAGCGCAUGUAAAUUCUUCAGGGCUGGACAUUUAGCAGAUGAAACCACCCAUGACUCUCUAUAUCAAACCAUUCAAAAGUUAUGGCAGAAAGUAGGAACUAUCAAAUAUGGACCAAUCAGAUGAAGGGGUGCACGCUUUUUGGCGUCUAUCGUCGCCAGGGUAAUGCUUUUGACUGAGAAAAGUAAUGCACGUCAUCACAGGAUGGAGACGCACAUUUUGAUGUAUAACACACCUGGGUGCACAUUACGGUUCGGGCCAUAUUAACUGCCGAAGGAAUGGCAUAAAUUGCGCCAAAAUUACACGAUUAAUUCAAAAUGUUCAAAAUGGCCGACUUCCUGUUCGCUUUCGGCCAUGGCGCCGAGAGACUUUUCUUUAAGUUGGGACAUAAUACAGGUGUGUACCAAUUUUCAUGGAUGUACAUCAAACCGUAUUGUGGGGCUUGAGGCAAGUUUUUUCUGUAUGGACAUAUCAGAUGAUGGGGGGGCGCGCUUUUUGGCGUCUAUCAUUGCCACGCUUUUGACUGAGAAAAGUAAUGGCCAUAGUCGCAGGAUCGAGAUGCACAUUUUGAUGUAUAACACACCUGGGUACGGUUCGGGCCUCUAUUAAAGGGGACCUAUUAUGAAAAA